GGGGGCGUCAACAGCGGAUGUGUGGCGUAUAAAAACAAACAGGACGUCGCUGUCAGAUCACUGUACCUUUCCAGGACACCAAGAGGAGAUCUCAAAAGGAUAAAGCGUCACAAAGUUCUACUCUCGAAUCCAAUCAGUCUUCUGUCGUUGUUUUUCUCACCAUGAAAGCCAUCAGUCCUGUCCGCUCGGUGAGGAGCUGCUACAAGGCCGUGUGCUGCAUCUCAGAGCAGAGUCUCGCCAUCAGCCGGAAUAAACACUCGUGUCUUGAGGAGCCGGUGGGCGCCCUGUGUGACAUGAACGACUGCUACUCCAAGCUGAAAGAGCUGGUGCCGAGUAUCCCGCAAAACAAGUCGGUGAGCCAGGUGGAGAUCCUGCAGCAUGUCAUCGACUACAUCUUCGACCUGCAGAUCGCGCUUGAAGCGGAGGACGCAGCGGCACCGGAGAUGGUUCUGUCAAUAAAGGUGAGGGCUGAUGCUUGACAUAACAUCAACUACAUGCAUAACCACAUACAUUACUUACCAGUGCGUAAAAAAGUACACAUCUGUGGUGUUUUUGCGUGGAUUCUGGAUUGUGUAUUCUUGCAACUUGUGCGUAAUUUCUGAUUUCUGUUUGCACGCACGAUAAUGUUUGUUGGAACGUGUAGUAUGGAGCUGUAGCGAUGCCAGUUUUGAAACGUACUGGAAUAAGGUCCCUUGGCUAAUAGUUUGUCUUGAAUUAAGUGUGUUUUCCAUCUGGGUCUAAAACUUCUCCUUUCUGUCUCCAUCUAGACUGCGGAUCUUGCGCGCAAUUUCUCCAAAGAAGGAGGACGAUUGUGCCAUUAGGCUGUUACAAAGAUGACAGACUGUGGUAUGUAUUGAUUCUCAUACAAUAAUCGUCUUAUUUUCUGUUUCGAGGAAAAACAAAACCACAAGUUGAAUGUACUCGGAAACAUUAUGCCUUCAGAAGACCCCCGUGCAUUCAACAGUAGCUUGUUUUAGCAUAUCAGAUAAAGUAAAAACGUGGAAAUGCCACUGGGAACAGUGUUGGCAAUGAUGUGAAGGUCUCCCUGUCCCUCCACAUUCACCGUGGCUGCCAAUUAGACAGGCUCAGUGAAUGUGUAGCGGAUUCAUUGCUAUCUGCCUGGGGUUAAUGAAAGUUCCAUGCUAGGCGCCAGUCUGUCUGCUCUCCUCUGCAGGGAGGGAGGGAGGGAGAGAGGGGGAGAGAUCUGACUUCACUUUUCUUCCUUUCUCUCCAUGCAGGUGCAGGGAAACACAUGUCUCCACUUCACUCCGGGCAAGAGGACAAGAGGGGCAGAAAGGGUGGGAUAGGUAUUUGGAGGAGAAGAAGAAGAAGAAGGGGGAGGAGGAGGCGGAGGGAGGUGGAGGGUUUAAAGAAAGAAAGACAGAAAAUACAGAAAAAAGUGGACUGUUUCCUAAAUGAGAGGGGAUCAACGGUAGUGCAAGACCAAGAAAACAGAGACUCAUUCUUUGGCCCUUGGACAGACAAACCAACACACCAAAGCAGAAGCCAGGAUUGGAAAUUGGAGGCGGACCACCUUGAAAAGAACUGGGACCCCCUGUUUGUAGAAGUAGAAAUAUUAGUCCACCGUUCCUCAGUUUUGUUUUUGUUUUGUUUUUUUAGAUUUGAAUAUCUUUGUUGCGUUCCAAUCACACUUUCCAUGGCUUAAGUUCCACAUCCAACCUGACACCUGUCUACACCAAGUCUGGCACCAUCUCACCUAAGCAUUCCCCUCCCUCCUAAUCUGAUCCAUAAUAAUCCAGAGACUGUUACAGCUUCAUGUGAUUGUGUACAUAUCUGCUGUGGGUAUGUUUGGAUGGACGUCGGUUCUUUUCUGAAUUGGAGUUUGGGUUUUCUUAGGUAUAAUCAGAACUCUAUAAUAGAGUUUAUUGUAACCGUUUGUAGGGAUUGUGUUAUUUCUACAGACUAUGUGUCAUGAGUUUUGUAAACUCUUUAUUAUGAGGUUUGCUUUGUAUGUAUGUUCUUAUGUAAUGAAAUAAACAAAACGUGAAACAGUCUGG